CCCGAACUCAAAGCGCAAGAGAUCAACGGAAGGGAUCGGUCCUAGCUCAACCAAUCAUUCAGAAAGCUCCAGACUUACCGGCCUUGUCAUAUCAACGAAUGACAUACAACCUCCUAACUUGACAGGACUGGAUUCUGCUGUCAGUUAUCAAACC